ACACGUAUGUACCUCUCUCUAACACAUGCUUCAAAAACGCUCACCACAUCGGAUAUCGUUACGGAGCAGGCGGCCUUAGACUAGGCAAUCGCCUGUGAAUUACCUAUCUAAGCAAACGACUACCUCUAAACAAUGCGCGCUUCGGAUCCCACGAUAGAUUCCAGGGUACGGCGAUCAUGGGCAACCAGCAGAGCAGAGUAACCGCCCAGGACAAAGCAAUCCUCGACCUCAAACUCCAGCGCGACAAGCUACACCAGUACCAGCGGCGCAUCACGGUGCUCACGGACAAGGAGACGGCCGUAGCGCGCCAGAUGCUCGCGGCCGGCGACAAGAAGCGCGCUCUCCUCGCCCUGCGGCGCAAGAAGUACCAAGAAUCGCUGCUCGAGAAGACCGACGCCCAGCUGGCCCAGCUCGAGCAGCUGACGCGCAGCGUCGAGUUCGCGCUUAUCCAGAAGGACAUCGUCUUCGGCCUGCAGGAAGGCACCAAGGUGCUGAAGGAGAUCCACGCCGAGAUGGGCGGCGUCGAACACGUCGAGAAGCUGAUGGGAGAGACUGCUGAUGCUGUUGCUUACCAGAAGGAAAUAAGCGAGAUGUUAGGCGGCAGGAUAACAAACCAAGACGAGGACGAAGUUGAAGACGAGCUCGCCGCUCUCGAGCUAGAAGUCAACGGCCCAGCACCGCUGCCAAACGUACCGAAUACCAAGCUACCCAAGGUCGAGGUCACGCAACAAGAAGAAGCAGCCCCUCAAGAGCAAGAACCCGAACAAGAACGAAGGGCAAUGCUUGCCGCGUAAACUACGUUCGACUGACUAGAGCAAACGGGGAGAUAACUACGAAAUAAACUGCAUAAUGGAGGAUGGAGCAUGAGAAGUUGUUGGAAACAUUGGGUGUAUAGUACGACGGGAGUCAAGGAGGUGACCCUCCUGGAGCUGUUUUGAUUUGGAAGUUGGGCGUUACUUCAGAGGUGAUAUAGAAUAGCAUCGUGAAGAUAGCUGGCUGCUUUGGCUAUUAUAAUCAAUGAAUAGAAAGUGGAAAUUUCCUCAUUUUCUCA